GGCUGUUUAGCGCUGUCGCUGAGUGGUUAUGCUGCAUAAUAGCGAUGCACAAAACAAGUAUACGCUUAAACUAAUUAACGAAUUUUAAUAUGAUAUGGAACAGUAACGAUCAGUAAACCGUUACGCGACAAGACAGAGAGACGCAGUACAUAUCGCUUCACUUUUCUGAUUCUAGUAACAGCAAUUUCUGUUGCUCAGUCUGGAUAUGCAGGUAUUCAUCCUGAACCGGACGUCAACAUAAAUUACAUAAACACUUUUUUUUUUUUUAAAUAAAUUUUACAUGAAUUGUUGUUGCUAUUUGGACCCCAGCUCUCACGGUAGCAUUUGGUUUAUGCAUGUGUUUCGUUUCGUUUAUAAUCUUGCUGAUUAGCUGAUUGCUGGUGUUGACAACUAGCAGCUAGCUAACUGUUGUUAGCCACGUCGCCCUGUCUAGCUAGCAGAGGUGUUAAACGAGUGCCGCUGAAUUUCGCCUUCGAACGAGCACUUCACCUUCACCAUCAGUAACCCUGCUACAAAGGUCUUGCCGUGGACGGCAAAAAUGGACGAUUUCACGUCGAUCAGCCUGCUGUCGCUGGCCAUGCUAGUGGGCUGUUAUGUGGCAGGAACAGUCCCCCUGGCCGUCAACUUGUCCGAGGAGAAGCUCAAGUUGGUUACAGUGCUUGGGGCAGGGCUGCUAUGUGGAACUGCUCUUGCUGUCAUUAUUCCGGAAGGGGUCCAUGCAUUGUAUGAAGAAGUUCUGGAGGCUGGGCACCAUGCUCACGGACAGGCUGAUGACACCGGGGGCGUGGAGCAGAAGGCUCCUGCAAGUGGAUCUGUAGGCACUGGUGGCAACCACCUGCAGAGUCAUGAGCAGCUGCACGCCUAUAUUGGGGUGUCACUUGUGCUGGGGUUUGUUUUCAUGCUGCUUGUCGACCAGAUUGGCAGUUCCCAUGUGCACAAUGCAGACGAUUUGGAAUCUGGAAGACCUGCAAACUCAAAGAUCACCACAACUCUGGGUCUAGUGGUCCAUGCUGCAGCUGAUGGUGUUGCCCUUGGGGCUGCUGCGUCCACAUCGCAGACUAGCGUCCAGCUCAUUGUCUUUGUGGCAAUUAUGCUUCACAAGGCUCCAGCAGCAUUUGGCUUGGUGUCCUUCCUGAUGCAUGCAGGGCUGGAGAGGAACCGAAUCCGCAAACACCUGCUGGUGUUCGCCUUGGCAGCUCCUGUUCUUGCCAUGCUUACUUUCCUAGGCCUAAGCCAGAGCAGCAAGGAGGCCCUGUCAGAGGUCAAUGCCACAGGAGUUGCCAUGCUUUUUUCAGCUGGGACCUUCUUGUAUGUGGCCACUGUCCAUGUUCUGCCAGAGGUGGGGGGUACAGGACAUAGUCACGCCCCAAACGGAGGCACUGGAGGAAAAGGACUCAGCAAGGUGGAGGUCGGGUCACUGGUGCUGGGCUGCCUCAUUCCUCUUGUCCUCUCCAUUGGACACCAGCACUAAAGGGUAGAGCUGAGCCCGAGGAGAUGGGAGCACUUGGGGUUCUGGGAUGGUGGCCAAACAAACUAUACUGAUAGAAACUUUCUUAUUCCUCAGUAGAGAGGCUUGAUUUUCCGAUGGUCUCGGGUGGCUGAGACCGUGAUUUUGAGGGGAGGUGGCAUCCCCUUUCCCUGCAGAGGAGAACAGAGUGGGUGUGUAGCCUUGUGUCCGUUUGGAAUGCACCACCUCCAAGUGUGUUUCUCUUUAAGAGGCUAGAGACUAACAGCCUCUUUUUAUUCUGAAUUUAACAUGUUUUAUGGGAGCCUGGGAUAUUCAAGAGUUGGGUUGCUGUAAUAUUACUGUACUGAUCAUGUUUCUGUUAAGUUCCAUGGUAUUGGUUGUAUCAGUGCAUUUUCAGAUGUCAAACUAGGUGUUGUGGCCAACAGUGUACUGAAUUUAAAGGUAAACGGUAAUGAAAAUGAGGUGCUGCACAACUGUCAGAAGACAUCUUUAUUUGGCAGUUCUAGUGAAUGACUCUUUGGUGGAAUAGAGCUUCACUUAGUCUUCAUCAUGGAAAAAUUAUUUUCAUAAAAAAUGCAUUUAUUAGAGCAAUGUGCAUAAUUUUAAUGUUCAUGGUUUGACCCUAUAUCGAGCUCUACAUGUAUUCAUAAAGUUUUUUUUUUUUCAAUUGUAAAACGGUAGAGCAGCACUUCUUUUCUUGGACUAUAAGCCAGAAAUGCAGGGAUCCAAAAUCCAGCUGUUUUGUCUCUAAGUCUGCUUCUGCAUAUGAACUGAUUGAAGCUCUGUCUCACAAAUUUCUGGGCUCCUUUUGCAAGCUAUAUUUUCCCCAGCAAACUGAGUGCUAAUGUGAAUAAUCUUCCUUGUAAGUGGCUGUUCCCUGUUGCAGCCAAGAUACACAUCCAGUCAGAUUUUACAAAUGAAUGCUUUUCUUACCUUUGUUUCACAAGACUACACAUUAGCUAAUUCAUUUAUUUACACGGUUUUUUUUUUUUUUAAAAUUUAAAAAAAAAAAAAAAAAAUUGUGCUCUUUUGUACCAUAUCAUACAUCACUCACACAGUGCUCCUCUGGAUAGGCUUGAUCAUUUGUGUUGUCCAGCUGCAUCAUCAAACAGCACAAGUCACACACUGAGAGGUGAGGUUCUUGUUUCCUGUUAUCUUUUUCUAAGAUGCCAUUUUUCUAGCCAAAAGCAGAUAAUGUAUAAACAAAAGGAAAUAGUCUGUUGUAAUAAGUUUGAAAUUUGAAAUUGUAGUAUUUUUUCUGUUUUCUGGUGUAUGUGUAAUGGAAAAAGGGGAAUAAGGUUAAAUCCUUGAAUUUUUAUUAUGUUGAGGGGCUAGAUCUGGUCAGUCUGACAGAUGGCGUGAUUAGGUCUGCAGAGAACUGGAAAGCUGGAUCCUUUCCUCUAGUGACUCUGGAUGUUACACGCAGAUUUCUUCCGAUGCCCUGGAAGAGAAGGAAAAAGAUGCUGUGUGGACAGCGAGUUGGCGUGUCCCAAAAUAGUCUUUUAAGAAAUACUGGGUUUAUGUCAUUAAUUGUUGGUGUCUGCAUUAGUUGCCAGCAAAUUCAUUCAGCUCUUUCAGGCCAAGUAUUCUCUUGAUCUAGAAAUGAAUCUUCCUGUUUGCUUUGUAGAUGUGAACGUCUCCAUUUGUUGUUCACAUUUGUUCUGGUGAUUGUCAGUUUGAAGAGGCCUGCUGAAAGCAGAGCUGUUUGUUUAUAUAUAUUGUAUGAUAGCAGCUCUGUCUGCUCAAGGUCUUUAUUCAUGAAUUAUUCCCUCAUUAGGUACCUGAGGAUUUAUACUUGUUCUCAAGUAGAUUCUUCGGAGUAGUAAAUUUAGUUAAAAGGGUAAUAGUGACAGGUUACCUUGUUAAUGUCACAUGAGAGAGGUUACCAAAUAUGUGAACUAGGGCUUAAGAGCUCAUGUGGACAAGUCAGUUCCCACUGAUGAUCUGUUUUCUACACCUGUAACCUAAAACUCUUUAUUUCCUCUCAUUUCUACGGUUUCCAUUAAAGGAGUUCCUGCUGUCCUGAUUCAGUUAUGAUCAUCAUCUUGAAUUUCCCUUAGCGGAGCCAGUGAGGCGUACAUCCCGCUCCUGCAAUCAGAGUUGUUCUAUUUGCUGUAUGGAUAGCACUCUAUCUUAAUAGAGGUCAUGAAGGAAGAAAAGUUAAUAGCAUUAAACAGUGUUGCUUUUGAGGUGAGUCUUAAGAGUGCUGAGACAACAUUGGCCAAACAAGGGGUCUCUAAUGUAGAGUCAUGCUGCUCCUUUUUGAUUUUACUGAACUGUAUAACACACACUACCCUCCUACACCUGGACCACUGGUAUUGGUCGUCAUUUGCCAGCUACUUUGCCUUCAACGAAAAGGUUUGCAGACGAGGAUGAAACCUGGGGAUAGGGGCUGAGGCUGGACUGUCACUCAUCGCUUUUAAUUUACAUUCCAAGGAAGUCUGCCUUAUCUCAUUCUCUUGAUUGUGAAAUCUUAACAGUUGUUGCAAAACUGUGUUUUAUGAUGAUUUCAAUAAAGUUUUUAUUUAAUAGGUACAGUCGGAACAAAG